AUGACCAAGAAAAAGCUGUUUAUAGCAGCAAAGAGACACGAGAUGGUGCUUCGAAUAGAUGAAAUGUCGCAAAUGUUUACAUCGAUAAACAUGACAAAGGUGAAAAAGGAAGUAACAAGAAAAGAACUGGAAGAUCUGAGGGACUAUGAGUGUAUUGGAUGGAGACAAACCAAAGAUUGUUCGCCGUUGGGAACACGAGAGUAUGAAAAUGAUGAAAACUGCAGUGCAUUGAUUCCAAAUGGGCGUUCAGGCUAUUGUGAGGUGCGCAAUACACGCACGGGGGAGGUAAAACGAGUGAUGGAAAUGCACUGCAACUCGCUAAGACGACACGUGAUGUUUAAGUGCGAUUUGUUUCAAAGUCUACAGAGUCAUCGUAUUCUGUCGAUGGACUAUGAACAUGAUCCGAACUUUUCGUACACGCAUAAUCAAGAGGUCUUCCGUGCAACCAAUAGGUUGUCCGAUACGCCAACCUUGCUCGGAGAUGAUGGAAAAAGAACGAGUGAGAGCCAUGGAGAGCUAAAGCUGUCAUUUGACCGGGGAAUAGCAUAUGUGGUUUACGAAAAAAUGAUGCUAGGAGCGUAUGUGAGUGUGCGCUUGUUGCGCACUUUAGGUUGCACGUUGCCGAUUGAGGUCUGGUACAAGCCGUCGGAGAUGAGUGUCGAGCACCCACUUUUGCAGCUUAUGGUGACGGAUGCCUUUGACAAUGUGCUGCUGCUGGACGCUGAUAAUUUUGCAGUGCGUGAUCCUAAGUAUUUGUUUGAUACGCAGGAGUUUUUGGAGACAGGCGCGAUCUUCUGGCCAGACUUUUGGAAACCAGGCAAUACGAUUUUUAAUAUAAACAAGGAGAGCUACCUUUGGGAGUUUAUUGGGCUGGAUUAUAUAAACGCGUUUGAGCAGGAAAGUGGCCAAGUGCUGAUCAAUCGACGGAUGCACUACAAGGCGUUGAACCUGCUUAUGUACUACGGUUUCUCAAAGCCUCGACCUCACGACUAUUUAAAUCUUAUGUGGGGCGACAAAGAUUUGUUUCGGUUCUCGUGGAUCAAGUCUAGCAGCUCGUUUCACAUGAUUGAGCGCCCACCUGGCUCCGCUGGCACGAAGCAUAAGGACCACGAUCUGUUCUGUGGCGUGGCUAUGGUACAACAUGACCCAAGUGGAAACGUGAUUUUUCUACAUCGUAACACACUGAAGCUCACGUACACGAACAACCAGACAGUGUGGACCCAUAUCCAGCAGUACAAGCGCACAGCAUUGCCUCUAGAUCACAGGGUGCGCGGUGCGAAUGGCGGCAAAUUCUUUCCACAGUUUAAGCGGUGCUUUGGCAAAGACGUACAGUACCAUAAGUUUUUUACGCUUAAACCGAUGAGCGAGUUCCCUUUUGCGAACUUGGAGCAUGACAUUUUGCGGUUUGCUGCUGCCGCUGCUAACAUUAUCGACAACGCAAAGAAAUCGGGCAGUAAGAAGAGUAGCUAA